AUGUCUUCCACGACGACCAUAACCAGCAGUGCCUCGACAAUUGCAUCUGCAACAGAAUCAUGUAUCAACGUCAGGCCAGAUAAAAAUGGUCAUGUACCCGAAUGGGCUUGCAAUGCCAACUAUAAUUUUUAUCCAUCGUUUGCCGCCGCAGUUGUCUUCACGUUACUAUUCUUCGUCGUUACAAUAGCGCAUAUCUUCCAAGCUUUUUAUCACAAGAAACUAAGACUAUGUUGGGUAUUGAUUAUGGGGUGUACGUGGGAAUUUAUGAGUUUUGCGAUACGCUCAGCUGGUACGAAAAUGCAACAGAAUGUUGCUCUGGCCACUGUUUCUCAGAUUCUGAUUUUACUUGCCCCUAUGUGGGUCAAUGCCUUUGUUUAUAUGGUUCUAGGACGGAUGAUUUACUUCUUCGUUCCAGAUCAGAAGGUUUGGGGCAUCAAAGGUAUCCAGAUAGCCAAGAUCUUCGUAUGGCUUGACGUGCUAUCCUUCACAACACAACUUGUGGGCGGUAUACUAACAUCUCCCGGCGCCAAUUCAAAUAUCUUAAUGACCGGUAUCCAUAUCUACAUGAGCGGUGUUGGAUUCCAAGAAUUUUGCAUCCUGCUUUUCACAGCCAUUGCCAUCAAAUUUAUGUUCAUCAUGCAGCAACGAGAAAGAUCUAUAGGAGUUAGUGCCAAUCAAAUACUAGAUCAAAGACAUCGCGGUUGGAGACCCCUCUUAUAUAUCAUGUUUACAUCUCUCGCCCUAAUCACUACACGAAUUAUUUACCGCUUGGUAGAAUUUUCAGCUGGUCUUGAUCCAAGCAAGAAUCCAAUACCAUAUCAUGAAUGGUAUUUCAUGGUUCUUGAUGCUUUGCCUAUGUUGAUUGCAAUUGCAUUGAUGAAUGUUAUUCAUCCUGGUAAAAUAUUAGUCGGCGAAGGAAGUGAGUUUCCUCGAUUGUCGAGAAGAGAGAAAAGGGAAAUGAAGAGAUUGCAGAAGUUAGAGAGGGAAGCUGCAAAAAACGAAAAGAAAGCAAUUAAGAUGGGAAAGAAAGAUGCUGUUAUCUAUAUCAGUUUAGAUGACCCGACAAGUACCCCUCCUGGUUAUUCAGAAAAUACCAGCUAUCCGGGUUACAAUCACAGGUAUAAAAAGUGA